UGAUAACUCCCUCAUCGGGGCUACGUUGCGGUGUUGUCUCUUCGACUUUCGUCGUCUUCUUCUUUUCGCCGUCACUUUCAAACCCUGUACUUACCGCAGCGUCAAUGUAUGCGCGAGAGCCGGCACCACGUUCUAUUCUCCUUUGCUCUUCUCUUCUUUGACGUUCACCACACCUUUUCCUACGACUUAUCAGAAACCAUGGCUGCUUCUUUCUCCCUGGAAGAAAAGCGAUUUGUUCUCGCAGAGAUGAUCAAAUGCAGCACUGUUGAUAUUGAAAGGCUGGCACGAUUUGUUGAGUCCAAUGUGCUCGACCCAAAAUGGAUGACAAUGCAAAUACCAACAGGCCGCAACCUAGAACAGUGCAUGCAAGUCGCGAACCUCCUGUCGACAGCCCCAGGUUAUAGAUCCGCAAUGUCUCAGAAUGAUCAUUUGACCAACAACGGCAUGAACCACCCAAGACAGAUUGCGCCGAGGACGAGCCCUGGCGGCCAAACCCCUGUGGCCAUGCCGACGUCGCCUGGCAAUAUGUCCCCAUGGCCGCUGGCAGAUGGCGUUGAAGAUAGACGAACGGCUCCCUACGAAACUCCUAGCACUCAGCCCCCAAAGAAGCGAGGACGCCCGUCGCGAGUAGACCGAAAGACAGCCGCACCUGCACGACUCGCCACCAUCGCCCCCAAGCCCGCUCAGCCCAUCCCGGGCCCCAACACCCCUCGAACUAUUCUUCCAGCGACUCAACGACAGGACGAUGCUCAAACCCCUCAGCCGCCACCUCUAGUUCAUACUCUGCCUCCUCUUGAUUCGCCCCCCGGUAGGAAGAAGAGACGGACGGCCACAGGUGCAGUUUCCGUUUCUACCUCUCCUCCUGCCCCUCCUCCUGCCCCUCCUCCUGGGCCCUAUCUGCCUCCUGUUACUACGCCUCCAUCAUCCCUAGACCAUGGCAAUCGGCCGCGAGCACCGAGUGAGACAGACUCCACAGGCGUGCGCGAGUCGGGACAAAUACAACACUCUCGCCCAGUACCGCUCGAGCCGGAACCACGACAUCACCCUCUCAUGCCGGUAGGAUCUGCGGCACCGCCAUCUCAAAUCAAGGCCUGAAAAGGAGCCACAGCUCUCUAAUUUCACCUUUCAAGCAUUUCGGCCCAAGGCGUCAGAGAGAUGUCCCCACAAGAAUACGUUUUAUGUUUUUCGAUGCAGCAUCUCAACUUUCUUUCCUUCAGAGUGAUUUUAUAUACCCUCCAAUUUGUCUUUUUUAUCCUGUUUUAUGCGUCUGUUAUGUCGCUUUUCUUCAUCUUCUUCUUCCCCCCCUUUUCUUCCUUUCCUUGACUUUGCUGUGUGGGGGUGAAGCAUGCCAGCGGCGUCUGGUGGCUGCAUGGCCUGAGGAGUCGGCCUCUUUGACAUUUGGAAUCUAUAUGGAUGGAUUAAAUGAAACAAUGAUGAAACUGGGUUUGACAAACGAGUUUAGGCAAUCAUGAAUGAUAUGGUCUC